GAAAUAGAGAGAGACAGAAAGAGAGAGGGAGGGAGAGAGAGAGAGAGAGAGAGAGAAAGAGCGCGCGAGCAAGCGAUGGGAAAGCGACCAAGAAGGCAGAGAGCGGUCUGCGCUCGCAUCUCUCCUCGCUCCAGCUACCUCGCUCCUCACUCCUCCUUCUGCUGCUAUGAGGAAGACGUGUGGACGGCGAUAGCCAGGUUCCUGAGCGGAAGAUCGCUGGUGAUGCUCGCAUUGACCAGCAAAUGGUUCUACCGUCUUAUGAUGGAUGAUAGCAUAUGGAAGUUUGCUUGUUUGCGCGAUCUUCAAGUCCCUGAGCCGAAGAAAGUUUCGUGCAAGUGGAUCUCGCUCUAUGCUUCGGCUUUUGAUGGGAGCCACUCUUACAUGUUUCGUCAGCAGGAGAAGCAUAUUGAUUGGAUGCGAAUUGGUGCAUUCUCUCUUGAUUCAUCACAGGCACUCCUGACCGAGAGGUUGAGUGCUGUGGAGAUACCAGAAGCAGGGAACAUGAAGAAGAUAUUGAAGUCCGGCGCCUAUUGCUUGCUAAAGAACAUCAAAACUGGAAUCUGGAUAGCCGAUUUGCAGCUAGUUCGCUGUCCUAUCUGUGACCUAAGCAAAUGUGAAGGAACCAUGCAAACCUUGGAUGCAAGGCACAUUGAACUUUUCCUCAGCGAGGGAUACCAGGACGGAACUUGGGAAUAUCAAGUUGCAGGAGCUCGCGAUAUCAAAGGGAAUACAGAAGCAGCUUCUGGAGCCAUAUUUGACCUCAAACACCUCAAAGAUUCCUCAACCUCAGCAAUUUUUGAUGUCAAGUCAUGGGUAGGGAAGCCUCAAGAUUUGCAACCAAAGGCCAAGGUCACGGUCCAUGCAGUUGCAGUAAAUACCAAUUUACAGAAAAAUGAGGGUUUGCAUCUUAAAUAUCAUGUCAUGAGAGCUGGAGCCGACGGAGAAAUUGUUUCGAUCAGGAUUUGUCAGCAGCUUCUGUGAUUCAUUUCAUAUCAAUUUUUUUAAUAAAAAAUCUAAAAACUCUAAAUCAUAAACAAAAUGCAUAUGUAAUCUUACGAUAUCAAAAGAACAAACAAUGCCUAACCAACUGAUGAUCAGGUGAGCUAUCCUAUCACACGAAACAAAGAACAAGGACAUUCACAGAUUUCUUAUGUUCUCUUUGGGGCACCAUUUGCUGCUCAUUCUUAGGGACUCGUGGAGCCAUACAGACAAUGCAUGCAUCAGACGAUGAUUAUAAUGUUGCAUGCGUUGUACAAGAGGUAUAUCUGGAAGAGUAAACCUAUAUCAGCCCCGUGCAGAUUGUAGUCUUACAUACAAAAGGACCGUUUUUAUGCUUGUAUUUGUUGACACUUGUCCCACUUUAAAUGGGUUUGGUUUGCUUCGACCAAAAAAAAUAAAGGGGUUUGGUUUGCUGGAAAAGUUCAAAUUAUUUUUUCUUAAUUUUCUCUUUCCUUUCAUAUGAGUAUCCACAUUUUAUUUCCUUUUACAUUAUGAAAACUCGAUUUUGAUGCUAUCUUAUUUUAAUACUGUGUACUAAAGUAGAGCUGUUUAAAAGAUUUCUUUUGCAAUAUAAUUCACUUUUUAAGGCAAUAUCAGACGUUUUAUUUGCAGGACAAAAUGAAGUUUUGCUAAGUGAUUUAUUCUUUCUUCUCCUUGUCAAUUUACUUGUGCAUGUACGAUUUGAGAAAGAACCUGUUGAUUUCAUUACGGGAUUUUACCUAUUCUGGUUUUUUUCAAGAAAAAUUCUCAUCAUCAUUAACACCCCCCGUUCCAUUGGUUGGCAAUCUGUAAUCUUAUAAUCUUACUCAUUGCAUAUUUUUGUCAAUAUUACAUUUCAAUUUUGAA